GCCGUGGCAGUCGCGGGGUCGAUCGCUACAGUGCUGCCGCCCGGCCCGGUGGCCUCCUCACGGCCCCACCGCCCCUCUCGCGAGGGUCUCCCGGGGCCUGGGGCAAACGGCCGGCCCGGUGGCGGCAAGACCGGAGCGCGAGAGCGGCAGGGACUGGCUGCCUGAGGCAGGCGGGGUAGGACUCGGUCCGCGUUGGCCGGCGCUGUCGUAAGUCUUAACAUAUGUCAGAAGAGCUGGCUGCUGAAGAGAAAAUGGCAUCUCUAGAAAAAGUUGUAGUUGAUGAUGCCUCGUCACCCAUCCGAAGACCUGGAGAUGGUAUGGAAACAGAGCAGACAGCUGAAUCAGUGGAAGUAAUCACUGGAGCCAACACCACGAACCAUCCAGUUCACCACAGCCCACAUAAAAAAACCAUCUCCUCACUGAGUCCUGGAGUUCUGCAGCUGGGGAAAGUACACGCUGAUAAAUCAGUGGAGAUUGAAGCUAUUCGUAUAUUAGUCCCCAAAGCGGCUAUCACCCACAUUGUUCCAACUAAAAAUGCUAAGGUAGCUAAAUCGGUGGGACAUAAAGGAGACACGUUCCAUCAGUCAGAUGGAGCUGCAGAUCCCAAGAAAGAACACGUAGAGCUGAAAAAUGCAAUUGAAAAGCUAAAGAAUUCGGAAAAGCGAUUGUUACAGGAUAAAGAAGGUCUCUCUAAUCAGCUGCGUAUUCAGACAGAGGUGAAUCGUGAGCUGAAGAAGUUACUCGUUGCUUCUGUUGGGGACGAUCUGCAGUAUCACUUUGAACGGAUGGCUCGGGAGAAAAACCAGCUGAUCCUAGAAAAUGAAGUGCUGGGCCGGAACUUGUCUCAGUUGUCUGAACAACUAGAGCGGAUGUCUAUCCAAUGUGAUGUGUGGCGAAGCAAAUUCCUGGCCAGCAGGGUUAUGGCUGAUGAGCUAACCAAUACCAGAGCAGUUCUUCAGCGUCAAACCAGGGAUGCACAAAGUGCAAUCCAGGAUUUGCUGAAUGAACGCGAUCAGUUCCGACAAGAGAUGAUUGAUACACAGAGGCUGCUGGAGGAGCUGAUGGUUUCUCUUCAAUGGGGGAGACAACAGACAUAUUAUCCUAGUGCCCAACCAUACACUACAACAGAGCUGGCAGCUGUGAAUUGUAAACUAGCCAAAGCUGUAAGCUCCCAUCUUCUUGGAAAUGUUGGCACUAACAGUCCAAAAAAGACUUCAACAGUUGUGGAGUUUUGCAGUACUCCCGCCGAGAAAAUGGCUGAAAUGGUGCUACGUGUACUGGAUCCAGCUGCACGCACAGAAACGUCCACAGAAGUUUCUUUUUCUGAGACUUCCCCAUCCUCCUUCCUUUCCCCAAAGAAGAAUAUUGGAAGAUUUCACCCAUAUACAAGAUAUGAAGAUGUAACUUUCAAUUGUUGCAAUCACUGUCAAGGAGAGCUGAUAGCUCUUUAAAACGGGGCCAAUGUGAAUGCAUAUGCACUCUUUCUGAAGAAUUACACUAGUUGAUGUUUGGCAGGCUUCCCUUUCCUAUUUCUUUCCAUAAUGGGUGGGUUUAACAUUGGAAAUCAGGCAGUUUCUGCUCCUCUACCCUCUGAAGUUAGGGACUGAUAGGAUUUCCUUAGCCUCUGGGAUACUUCUGCUUUUCAAACUGAAAAGCUCCUUACUGUCUUCUACAAAGCCAAGACCAAAAAUGUUUUGCUGGUCCAACUUGUAGAGAUGUCCUUGACUAUUUAAGGUUUGCAGUCUUGCUAGCAAAUCUGAAUUUCUCUUUAGAGAGAGACAAAAAUGUAACUCUACCAAAGUAAAGGAAGUGCUGACAGGUUAUGCGGAAAAAAGUAAUAGAAAAUGGUCAGCUCCAUACUCUUUUUUUCAAAUGCUAGCCAAGGUGCUGAACUGUCCCCAAGUCUACACUCAGCCUUUUAAGUUUGGUAAUAAAAAGGAACAUGUGCAAUGACUCUUCAUAGCUCUUCAGUUCUGAAAGUAAGAGCAUGUGUAGCAUUGCAGCUCUCACAGCAGGAAGGGGAAAGCUUGAAUGAACUCUAGCUAUAAUUUAUAAAUAGUAACUGGUCUUAAAUGGAUUUGGGAAAACUCUGUGGAGUGAGAUUAUUGUUGUGUUUGCAUAAAGGUAAAAUAAUGAAUUUUCCAUCUAUUUCAGCUUCUAGAGUGAAGCAGUUGCAUAGCCAGCUGAUCUUCAGCAAAGCCACACUGAUACACCUCCUUUAGUACACAGGGUUAAAACCUGAUCUACCAUUAGAACUUGGACCUUGCCGAAGGUCUUCCUGGGCGUUAGGAGAAGCUGAAGAUAAGCACUAAGUUUGCAUAGAUCCUGGUAAAAAAAUAUAUUUUUUUACUUGUAUGGUUUUAUAAUGUUGAUGUAGGUUCAAAGAGAACCUUCAUCAGAAAAUCUGCUAAAUCCAAAGAAGCCUAUUUAAGUUGCAAAUGCAAAGAGGAAAGGUGGGAGAAUGCAAAUAUGUAUUUUAAUUUCUUAGUUUCCUCUCCCAAACUUAUCAUGUUGCUGUCUAGUUUGGGGGAAGGGUUUCUGAAAUGGUUUCUUUUACGUGGUUUUCCUUUGAAUCUCAUACCAUGGUAAAGCUAUGUAAGUUAUAAGUUCUUGCUGCUGCUGGCCAUACUCUGGUUUGCACGAAGAAAGCUACAAUAAACUUUGCUCGCUUUCAA